AUGGAGCUGAAGGCCACCACAGAACCUCCGAAAAAGAAACCAGACCCUGUCACUUCAGAGACGGUGGUGAUCUGGGGGCUGCGCCUCUGGCAGGUGAUUGGUAUCUUUGCCAUCUUUGUCCUGGCAGUCAUUAUCACGCUCUGCUGUAUCUUCAAGUGCCGGAUUCCUCGGACAAAGAAAGAGAUUGAGGCACGAUAUGCUCAACGGCAAGCAGCCAAGACAUAUGCAGACAAACUGGAGACUGUGCCACCGCUCAACGAGCUGACAGAGAUCCCUGGAGCUCAGGUUGCAGAAGAAAAAAAAGAAGUUCCCACUGUAUCUGGAAAAGUGGACAAGGCUCAGGGUAAGAAAGAUGGAUCCAAAGGCUCCAAGAAGAAGGAUGGUGAAAAGGAGCAGAAAGAAGGAUCCAAGAAAGAAGGGAAGGAUGGGGCCAAAAAGAAAGAAGGAGAAAAGGGAGAAAAGGGGGGAAAGGACACUACUGACAAGAAACAAGGUGGUGGGAAGAAAGGUGAAAAAGAAGGUGAAGCAGUGAAAUCAGGAGGAAGCGCCAAAACUAAUGGCAAGGCUGGUGGGAAUGCCAAAGCCCCAGCAAAGAAGAAGUGA